AUGCGGAAUGAGCUUCAGCCCAGCGAUUCGGUCACAAUUUUCGGGGCUGGCCCGGUUGGUCUCUUAGCUGCAUUCUCUGCCAUACUCCGCGGAGCCUCCAAAGUGUACUCCAUUAAUCAUCUUUCAAUGCGAUUGGAGCGUGCGGCGUCAAUAGGCACGAUUUCGGUUAAUUUCGCCGAGGUUGACCUAGUCCAGCAGAUUAUGGCCCUGGAGCCCACUGUGGUCACUCGAGCUAUGGACUGA